CUUUCGGAUAGAAUGGGUGGUUACUGUGUCGGCCAUGUUUGUUGAAAUUGACAACCAAAUUUGUUACUUCUUCUUGUGCACUUUCAUAUCAUGUUGACCGAUAGAGAAGCCCAACACAUUGUAUUUCAGUCGGAAUUGAGUGAAAAUCUGAAUGUAUUGAGUAAAAAGUUGGCAUGUGCCCCAAAGUUACUCCGCCAGGAGCUGAUACACACCAAAGGAGGCGGAGAUGAGAGAAGGGUGUCAGCAGCCAUUGAAAUACAGCGGGUCUGGCGGGGUUAUUUAGCAAGAUCCAAUCUGUUUGAGAAAGUCCAGCCGGGGACAAGCAAAACUGCUGUAUACAGUGGCAGUAAACAUGCCAUCGUGCGACAGGAUGACUUCAGAGGCCUUACCCAGAGUGCUAAGAAGCCAGGCCGCGUACGUUUGGAGAACUAUUACCAAGAGUUCAGAAGUCAUCUUUUGAGUCUUCCAGACAGACCCACAAUCAUACCCAGCUUUAAAGACUUUUGUGCCACAUACAUCCAAGACUGGUGGCGGGACAUACGAAUGGCGCGUCGUCAACUCCAACAGGAGCGUAGGCAGCUGAUCAUAGAGCAACAGUAUCAGCAGCAGCAACAGCAGCAACAAGCAGAGCGGACAGAGCCCAGAGUUAAAUCUGAGGUUGUGAUACCUAAGAGGAUCUCGCGGCCAUUAAGUCUUCAGGAGGCAGCCUCCAAGAUACAGAAGGCCUGGAGAAGACAUAUAGACAUUCAGGUGUAUCGUUACUACCGAGAUCUGAUCAACUUCAAAUCCCGUGGCAAUCCGUCCCUCAUGUUGCGAUGUAUUAACCCCCAGGAGGCUAAGAUGCUGGACGCUGCCUCGGGCAUACACGUGAAAUUCAGGCUAGCAGGAGAACGAUUUCCACCAAAUAUUUACUACAAAAUCUAUACCCAUCGGCCUAUACAAGACCUGUGUGCUAAUAGCCCUAAAGAUUACACAAGUCCAGGUGUGAAACUGAAAAUGGCCAAAGACCAGCAUAACAGAGGGCGACUGGAGGUCAAUACCAAAGAUACAACCGGUUGGUACCAGCGUAUGGACAAUAACAGUUGGCGUCUGGUGUCGGACCGUCUGAUCCACCACAUCAUGGCAGACCCCGUCACCUGGGAGACGUCACACAAGAAGUACCAGUACCAUCACGAUAAGCUAGUCAGAAAACAAGAUGUGGAGAAGCGAAAGAAGAAAAAGAAAAUUGACUGGAUGAAGAAAAUGUACAAGGACGGCAUGUUGAAGGCCAAGUCUGAUGACAAGGAGACUAUACAGCUUAUAGAGGGCGCCGCAGCAGGUAUGGUUGCCACUGUGGAGAACUAUGGCCCAGAUGCACUGGAAGACUGGGAGGUGGAUGAGUUACUGGAUUGGACCACAAGUCUUAACUUUGAUGACUACCAGAGUGGAUGGAAGGAACUGGCCACAAGUGCACACUCAGAGAAACAAAUCGGUUUCUUCCAGCGAUCGUACACUGUGGUCACAGAGGACAAGCUGAGAUUGCUGACGAGCACUGCAGACCCGUACGAGUUUUCUCUGUCCGGUGCAUCCCGGUACCAGUCCACACAGCAGUCUCGGAACACUCCGGUUUCCAGCAUCAGCAGCACUGGGGCCCGGCCUCAGCCUGUCAGCUGAUAAGGGACAUUUAAUGGAAAAUAUUGCUGGGAAACAAUCUUUAUAUUUUGUGUGUCUCCAUCAGAGAUAUCAGUCAUGUUUUUAGCUCACCUGAGCACAACGUGUUCAUGGUGAGCUUUUGUGAUCGCCUUUUGUCCGUCGUCCGUUGUGCAGCAUCAACAUUUGCCUUGUUAACUCUCUAGAGGGCACAUUUAUUGUCCAAUCUUCAUGAAAUUUUGUCAGAAAAUUGGUCUCAAUGAUAUCUUGGAUGAGUUCGAAAAUGGAAACGUUUGCUUGAAAAACAUGGCUGCCAAGGGGCGGGGCAUUUUUCCUUAAAUGGCUAUAUAUGGCUAUAGUAAAAUCUUGUUAACACUCUAGAGGCCACAUUUAUUAUCUGAUCUUCAUGAAACUAGGUCAGAAGAUCCAUCCCAAUAAUAUCUUGGAUGAGUUGGAAAUUGAUGCUGGUUUGUUGAAAAACAUGGCCACCAGGGGGCGGGGCAUUUUUCCUUAUAUGGCUAUAGUAAAACUUGUUAACACUCUAGAGGCCACAUUUAUUUUCCGAUCUUCAUGAAUCUUGCUCAGAAGAUUUGUCCCAAUGAUAUCUUGGAUGAGUUCAAAAAUGGUAACCUUUGCUUGAAAAACAUGGCUGCCAAGGGGCGGGGCAUUUUUCCUUAUAUGGCUAUAUAUGGCUAAAAUAAAAUCUUGUUAAUAUCUUAGACGAGUUGGAAAGUGAUGCCGGUUGGUUGAAAAACAUGGCCGCAAGGGGGGCAGGGCAUUUUUCCUUAUACGGCUAUAGUAAAACCUUGUUUACACUCUAGAGGCCACAUUUAUUGUCCAAUCUUUAUGAAAUUUGGUCAGAAGAUUUGUCUUAUUGAUAUCUUGGAUGAGUUCGAAAAUGGUUAUGUUUGAUUGAAAAACAUGGCUGCCAAGGGGCGGGGCAUUUUUCCUUUUAUGGCUAUAUAUGGCUAUAUUAAAAUCUUGUUAACACUCUAGAGGCCACAUUUAUAGUCCGAUCUUCAUAAAACUGGGUCAGAAGUUUCAUCCCAAUAAUAUCUUGGACGAGUUCAAAAAUGAUGCCGGUUGGUUGAAAAACCUCGCCACCACGGGGGCGGGGCAUUUUUCCUCUAGAAGUCACAUUUAUUUUCCGAUCAUCAUGAAACUUGGUAAGAAGAUUUGUCCCAAUGAUAUAUUGGAUUAGUUCGAAAAUGGUUUUGGUUGCUUGAAAAACAUGGCCACCAGGGGGCGGGGCAUUUUUCGUUAUUUUAUACGGCUAUAUAUGGCUAUAGGAAAACCUUGUUAACACUCUAGAGGCCACAUUUAUUGUCCAGUCUUCAUGAAAUUUGGUCAGAAGAUUGGUCUCAAUGAUAUCUUGGAUUAGUUUGAAAAUGAUUCUGUUUGCUUGAAAAACAUGGCCUCCAAGGGGCGGGGCAAUUUUCCUUAUAUGGCUAUAGUAAAAUCUUGUUAACACUCUAGAGGCCACAUUUACUGUCCGAUCUUCAUGAAACUUGGUCAGAAGAUUCAUCACGAUAAUAUCUUGGACGAGUUCAAAAAUGAUGCCAGUUGGUUGAAAAACAUGGCUGCCAGGGGGCAGGGCAUUUUCCCUUAUAUUGCUAUAGUUAAACCUUGUUAACACUCUAGAGGCCACAUUCAUUUUCCGAUCUUCAUGAAACUUGGUCAGAAGAUUUGACCCAAUAAUAUCUUGUUAUCUCAGGUGAGCGACUUUGGGCCUUUCAGGCCCAUUUGUUUUGUGAUUUUGCGCCCGAAAAAAAUCAGCUGGAGGACCAAUCAUUAUAUUUGGUGUGCCGUUUUGAAAUCCAAUUUGAAACUGUGAAAUGAUCGUUUCAUUAAUUUAUUUCGAAAUGGUGUUAAUCUAAGUUAAUGUUUUUCCCCCUUCGCAAAGCCGUUAGUCAGUCACAAUUUUUUCCAUAACAAUUUUCAUUUUCUGCAUGCCUUCUAUUAUCUUUUAGGGGUUUCAUGAAACUUGCCUCAAACGUGUGUGGCAUAGAAAGCAAUGUGCAGAAGGCAUAAGUCACUUCAGGUCAAGUCAAGUUCACAAUUAAAUUUCAAAUGUUCCAUUUCUGUUUCCGCUGCAUAAUUCUCUUUGAAGGAUGUUCGUUAAACUUGGCAAAGUUAAUUAAACAGAUGUGUAAAAGGCUUGAGUAGUAAUGCUUACUCAAGAUAUAUGUCAUACUUAAAGGUCAAAGUUCGAUCUUCCAUUUUUGUGUCCAGUCAACGACGAGUUUUGGCAAAAUUAUGGACCUUUGUUUGUUUGUCCACCGUAGAACAUAUAUCAACUUAAAAUGUUGUGUUUUAAAUCCCUCCUUAACUACUGGGUGCAUCUCCCUCGAACUUCCACAGUUUAAUGACCUCAAAAAGUGUAUUUGAUUGUAAAGAACGGAAUUUUGAUUGCGACCAAUCAUAAUUUCGGCUAAAUUACGGCCCUUUGUGUAAUAUAGAAUGUAGAAUAUAUAGAGGAUUGGUCUGGGUCAAACAUGUGUUGUAUGGGCAUCAGCGUAUGUGAGACAUGUUUAGUUGAAGUAUGUAGAGAUAUGGCAUGGGUCUUAAUCACAGCUGUUAAUGUUUAGAAUUGUGGCAUAUAAAAUGCAGCUUGGUUUAAAAUAAUCAUGAUUGAGUUUUUGCUAUAUCAGUACAUAGACUGAUACAAACUGUUUGUAUAGGACCCUGAUCAGUAAGAAGAUUACAUUGUAUGUUGUUCUUUCCCAAUCAUUAACGUUAAUUCAAUUAUGGGUUUCUAUAUUCUAAACUGAAUUUAUAAAAGGCUUAAUGUUAGUUUUACUUCUUAAUGUAUACGGGUAGCACCGCGUAUUCAGGGUGCAGAAUCAACGGCGUUUUCAGGUAUUAACACAAAAGCUGGAUGUGUGUAAGAAUGUAAAAACACCGUUAAGAACUUUAUUUUUGUAAAAAUCUCAGCUUAUUGAAAGACAUUUUCAAAACUCUUUAGUGCAUAAAAGACAGUUUUUAUUACAGUUUAUGCCGAUAUCUUCAUGUAUAAGAAUGAAUCAUUGAAUGCGUUUGAAAAUGGUGACAAAAUUUCAUGUUGCGCAAAGCAUAAUCGUGCAGUAUACAUGGGAUUUUUUAACACGAACACAGACUCGUUAAAUAAAGUAAUUCUGAUUUCUCAUUGCCACAAGCAGCAUAAAAAUCUGUCUUGUAUGCACCAGUUGAAAUUCUUAAGAAAAAUUGUAUAAAAGUUAUUUGGAAAAAGCAGCAUUUAUGGGCGUGUUGACAUCCAUUAACGUUCGAUUGGGAACCCAACAAAGUCACAUGAUCCUGUACCCUGAUAUUGCAAUUUGAAGGUUAUAAUAAGUUAUUGAUAUGUUAAUCUAGACAGCGUUAUUUUGUAUAAUUUCAGUAUUGUGUGCUAUGUAUAUUAGGGCCAGCAUGUAUGUCAUAGAAAUUCAGCAUUUAUGUAAUUAUAUUGAAUGGUUGUGAUAUUUUUUAAUUUGUACAAAAGUAUAAGAAUGAAAACGUUAUACUGAGGUAAGGCGUGGGAGGAAUAGCUGGCCGCCUUGAUACGAAUGACAUUCAGAUAAAAACGGCGGAAACUCCGAAACAAAACAAAAUUAUUAAUAAUGUCAAGUAUGACUUUUGGAUCAUCAUACUAUACUAUAGCAAUAAAAGCCAAUUAGCAAGAAAUUAUACAAAUUGGAUCCCGUGUCAUCAAAAAAAUUGUUUUCCUAUGUUUUAUAUUGCGCUUCAAAUAUCUGGGUGUUUUUACUGUUAAAAAAACGCAUUUCCGACUAUUUAUAGACAUUGAAAUUGUGUUUGCUCACUCGCAAUUGGUUAUAUAUGUGAAUUUCGUUGUUUAAAGAAUUUCUGUUAAAUAUAUCGAUCGUUGAAUA